UGCCACAGGAGGAAAGGUCUCAAAAUCAGUACCGACGUCCACUACCAAUGUUUGUUCCCCGGAAGAAACAGGCGAAAAAAAGAGCUAUAUUGUCGUGGAGGAUGAACGGGAGCAUCAUAAGCAUGAUGAGGCGGAAACAGAAAAAUGUAAUACCGAUGACAUUACUGCACAAAAAGAUAUCUUUGCUCACAUGAUGAAGAGAUCUAUGAAAGUAUUUUCUGAGAAGGAAGCUCCCACGUCUUCACCAAAGCUUCUCCAACAAAUGCACCUUCACAAGGAUGGGACAGUGAGCUUGACCUGCUACAAGAUAAAAAAUGCAGUGGAAUCUCGCGAUGAUAUUGCGUGGUCGGCAACGGUUCAAGUGAGGGGGAAGAAGGAAACCGCAACACCUGCGAUAGAACUCUUGAUCAGUUCCUCCAUACCGUCGUUCGGUUCCAACGCCUCUACGCCUCAAAUUCAGCAAGAACGACAGCGACUCGUCCGGAAGCAUUCGAGGCUUUCGGUCCCGGUGCUCAAAUCGAUUCUCCAGAAGAGUAUUCGCCGCCGGAAGCCCCUCCCAUCGGUGAGGGUAGCCUCUGAACUCGCCGACAAAAGUUUGGGAGACCUUCUCCGUCGCUUGCCAAUUAUUAUUCUCGAGGACUCGACUUUGCACCCAAGUUUCCCAUUUCUUGUCUGGUUGAUGAUGGCCGACUCAAAGAAUUACCAUCUCCCCCUCUUUCUACUAAAACGAGUGUUGGGGAUCGUAUUCGAAAUGGCCUCCUGUCGGUGGCAAGAUUCUUUAAAAGUGCACGAGCAACAGAAAAUUAAUCACAACGACGAAUCUACAACGGAUAUUCCAAGUGAACUUACGCUGGCAUGCCUUCAUAAUUACAAAACUGUAAGCAAAUUCAGUGAUGACAAUGCUUUAUCCACACAAUCUGGUACAGAAUUUUGUUUGAGCAACGACGAGUUGAUCGUUUGGUCAAUUCUAAUGAGAGGACAAUACGGUGGCAUGGCAUGCGACAUCAAAAUGUUGAAAGGUUACGCCGCACUUUGGCACCAGAGAUUCUUUUCGAUACAAACCAUCCCGGAGAAGACAAAGAAAAUCUUGUCCCCGCACGGUCCUUGUCCUUCUAUUACUACUUCGGACGAGAUCGUUCUUGAAGAAUGGAGUCAGGUUCCUGUCUUUGUUCAUCAAUCUGCUGCCAAGCAGAGUGCCAGUCGUAUCGACCGCUUAUUGAUGGCAACGCCUAUGGGGUCGUUUUCUCGACCCCAGUCACAAAAGGCAGCACAGAACAAAAACAAUAAUUUUGUUGGCUUGAUCAGCUUGGGGAAGUCCGAUCUAACCGUGGAAGGGGUGGAUUUCCAUUGCUCUUCUAUAUUGGAGAGUGCUAUUCUUUCCAAUCCAAAAGUCGUGGAGGACUGUUGCGAUCAUCUUGAAGCCAUUGACCGAAAGUAUGGUCACGGGAAUUCGUCAACAGGAAACGACCGACGCACCAGGAGCCUGCAUUCUUCGCUUCGAGGUGUCUUAAAAUCGUGCAUGUGGAAGUACAGUGCCGGUGUUAACCUGCGGUUACCUUUGCUGACAGCCGGUGGAUCCACAGAAGACAAACGCGAAGGUGUGAACGACUUGAAACAAUUCUAUGAAAAUGUUAUUAAACCUCGAACCAAAGCGUUUGCCGAACGGUAUGUAGAGGAUAGGCUCUCUAGAUGAUAGAAAGUCCGGGAAAUAAAUUACAUUUAACUUC